AUGACUGAUUAUAUAGUAACCAACAAAAAUCCCAAUUAUGGCUUUGAAUUGAUCUAGUUUUAAAGUGAUAAUGGUAAUUCCUAAGGAGCUAUAUGGUCAAACAAUGAAGCUAUGAAUUACAAAUAAAGAGAUUUUGAAAAAGAAAAUGUUAAUCCUAAUUUUUAACCAUUUCAUGUUUACAACAGUAAUUCUUAACUUUAAAAGAAAGAUAGCUUGACACAAUAUUCAAAGUUAUAUAAGUUAGAAUAUAAUAGCUCUAACUAUCAAGUUGGUCCAUUAAGAAUAUUUUAGAAGUAAAAAAAUCCAGAUGGAAUUGAUUGCUAUCUAGGUGAAAAUUUUUAAAAGAAUACAUUUUUCAAGGAAGAUUUUGCAGUGGCUACUAGGUUAAUUAUAAGCUGUUAAGCCAUGAAUUCUAAGAAGCUGCUGUUCCAAAAUUUAUCCAAUUAAAUAGUACAAGUUAAGAAAUUUACAUCAGUACGCCAAGCAAAAAAUACCUGGGAUUGA